AUGGAUUGGGAGAACUUUGUUGUGCAGAAUUGCCCUCCGAGUAUCUACUAUGUACCUGAAUUCAUUACGAAGGAGGAAGAAUGUUCAAUUAUGCAAGCGAUUGAUAAAACGCCAAAACCCCGGUGGACACAGCUUUCCAAUCGCAGGUUGAUAAAUUACGGUGGGGUGCCUCAUCCGAAGGGCAUGAUAGCCGAAGAUAUUCCGGCCUGGUUGAACCAUUACGUCGAUCGAAUCAACCAGCUGAAUGUGUACGAAGAAGGCAUCAAAGCUAAUCACGUCCUGAUCAACGAAUAUCUUCCGGGACAGGGUAUAAUGCCCCAUCUGGAUGGGCCCCUGUUUUAUCCUACAAUCACCACUAUUUCGUGUGGAUCACAUACGGUGCUAGAGUAUUACGAGCAAAUCGAUGACAUUGUUUCCGAUAGUAGCGGCUCGAUAGUUCGCCGUCAUACGGCAAGCAUUUUGCUAGAACCACGAAGUUUACUAGUGGUUAAAGACGAUAUGUAUCAUAAAUAUCUUCAUUCGAUAGCAGCGGUGGAGCGGGAUGUGAUUGAUGAGAAGGUAGUGAAUUGGGCGAAGCUAAGCAAUUUGAAUGUAGGAGCCAUAUUACAAAGAGAGAAAAGGAUAUCAUUAACAAUUCGUCACGUGCCAAAAACCAGUAAAAUGAAAAUAAAAAUAUUCUAG